CUCUGAGCCGCCGCGCCCGGAGAAGCCGCAGCCCCGCGCCCUGCCCCGGGAAGCCAGCGCCCCCGGGUGAUGCAAGAGGACACGCUGGGUGCCAGGAACCUGCCCGGCCCCGGAUCGCUGCGCCCCGCGCCUCUCUCCAGCCCCGGCGGAAAGUGGCCGCGAGUUGGCAGCGAGCGAUAAACAAGCGGCCCCGGAGCGCGGCCCCAGCCCUGCCCUGGCCCGGAGAGAGCGCGAGUCCCCGGACCCCUCCCCGGCGCCUGGGACUGACCCGGCUCGCAGCCCACCGGCCGGCCCGCCGCGCCCCGCUCGCCCGAGCGCACCUGGGGGACCAGCCCCGGCUCCCUCCUGCCUCCUCCCCCGCCCAGAGGCCGGUCCCGCUGCUCCGCUGCGCGGCGGAUUCUAUGGAGAGUCUGGAGGCAGGCGGAGCUGGACGCGAGGAACCCAAAGCCGGGCUCGGCGUGAAGCCCGCCUGCCUUGGAGCGGAGUGUAAACAGCGGGGAGCCAAGCCCUUCUGAGCCCAGCCUGAGCAGGCAUCGCCCCUCUCAUCCGGCCGGGGAGAGCGAGGAAGCGGUGUCGUCCCGGAGCAGAGACCGGAGUCACUCCCCUUACCGCGCUUCCAAAGUUUGGGGUCUGUUUUAACCCGGAGCCAAGCUCCCAUCCGCGUCAGGGGCUGGCUUCUCGCUGCCGGCGAAGGGCGGCAGACGGACACUUUCCCAGGCUGCCGUGGGAACCUCUCGGCUCUGUCUUUGUGGCUCGUCCCCCCGGAUCCAACAGCCAGAGAUCCGUCCUCAUCCAAGUGCCUUUGCCCCGCUUCCCAGCCCAGCUCUGCCGCUGGUCCUCCCUCCCCAGGAGGCAUUUCCUUGUUGCUGCUGCCUGGUGUCUGGAGCAAGGGCGUGGGGCCUUCCUAUUGCCCUGCUUCCCCCCAGAGCGCCCACCUGUGCCCAGUCCCCUCCUGCCCAGAGCCAUCCAUGAGGCAGCCCAAGGGCAGAGCUGUCUGAGCUUGGGGAGAGAGAAAGCAGAGCCCCCCACCGCCUCCCAGCUCCUCGCCAGAGGAAGGGUGUUUAGAGGGCAUUUCCCAUCCACCGAAAUCUAUGAUCAGCUCGGUGUGUGUCUCAUCCUACCGUGGACGCAAGUCUGGGAACAAACCACCCUCCAAAACAUGUCUGAAGGAAGAGAUGGCCAAAGGGGAAGAGUCGGACAAGAUCACCAUCAACGUCGGGGGCACCAGGCAUGAGACCUACAAGAGCACCCUGCGGACCUUGCCCGGCACCCGCCUGGCGUGGCUGGCCGACCCCGAUGCCCAGAGUAACUUUGACUUCGAUGGCAAGAGCAACGAGUUCUUCUUCGACCGCCACCCGGGCAUCUUCUCCUACGUGCUCAACUACUACCGCACGGGCAAGCUGCACUGCCCCGCCGACAUCUGCGGGCCCCUCUUCGAGGAGGAGCUGACCUACUGGGGCAUUGAUGAGACCGACGUGGAGCCCUGCUGCUGGAUGACCUACCGGCAGCACCGCGACGCGGAGGAGGCGCUGGACAUCUUCGAGAGCCCCGAGCCCGGCGCGGGGCCUGGUGGCGAGGAGGCCGAGGAGGAAGGCGGCAGGGAGCUGGCCCUCCAGCGCCUGGGCAUGGAUGACAGGCCGCCAGGGGCGGCGGGGGCCACAGGAGGGGGUGGCUGCUGCCGCAACUGGCAGCCCAGGAUGUGGGCGCUCUUCGAGGAUCCCUACUCAUCCAGAGCAGCAAGGGUCGUUGCCUUCACCUCGCUCUUCUUCAUCCUGGUCUCCAUCACAACGUUCUGCCUCGAGACGCACGAGGCCUUUAACAGACACGUCAAGGUGAACGAAACAGUGGUGGUUGGCAAUACCACAACGGUCCUGGUGACGCACAAGGUGGAGACGGAGCCCGUCCUCACCUACAUCGAGGGGGUGUGUGUCUUGUGGUUCACGCUGGAGUUCCUGGUGCGAAUCAUUUGCUGCCCGGAUAAGCUGCUCUUCGUCAAGAACCUGCUCAACAUCAUUGACUUUGUGGCCAUCUUGCCCUUCUACCUGGAGGUAGGCCUCAGCGGCCUGUCCUCCAAGGCCGCCCGGGAUGUGCUGGGCUUCCUGAGGGUGGUCCGUUUCGUCCGGAUUCUCCGGAUCUUCAAGCUGACGCGGCACUUUGUAGGGCUCCGGGUGCUCGGCCACACGCUCCGGGCCAGCACCAACGAGUUCCUGCUCCUCAUCAUCUUCCUGGCCUUGGGGGUUUUGAUCUUUGCCACCAUGAUCUACUACGCGGAGCGGAUUGGGGCCAAGCCGUCCGACCCCAGCGGCAGCGACCACACUCACUUUAAGAACAUCCCCAUUGGGUUCUGGUGGGCGGUGGUCACUAUGACAACCCUGGGUUAUGGUGACAUGUAUCCCAAGACUUGGUCAGGCAUGCUGGUUGGGGCGCUGUGUGCCCUGGCCGGGGUACUCACUAUCGCCAUGCCGGUGCCUGUCAUCGUCAACAACUUUGGGAUGUACUACUCUCUCGCCAUGGCCAAGCAGAAGCUGCCAAAGAAGAAGAAGAAGCAUAUUCCCCGCCCGGCUCCGCUGGACUCCCCCACCUACGGCAAGUCAGAGGACAACUCUCCCCGCAACAGCACACAGAGCGACACGUGCCCCCUGGCAGCGGAGGAGGUGGUGGUGGAGAGAAAGCGAUCAGACUCCAAGCAGAACGGCGACGCCAGCACGGUGCUGUCGGACGAGGAGCAGCCCCUCUCGGCGGUGCAUGAGGAGAAGCGGCCCAUGAGGCGCUCCAGCACCAGGGACAAAACCAAGAAGGCGGCCACCUGCUUUCUGCUGAACGCCGGCGACUUCUCCUGCGCGGCCGACGGUAGCGUCCGGAAAGGGCUGUCGAAUCCCCUGUGACUCCCUCGGACGCUGGGAUCGCCUCCGACAAGCUGCCUGGGACAGAGGUGCCCCGGGCGGGCGGGUGGGCGGGGGAAGGCCCAGACCCUCCCUCGUGCUGUAACCUCGCUUGUUGUGCAUGUGUCGUACGAGCGUCCGUCCGACGUGCUCCAUGGCCCCGCCCCGCCCCCACACUGCCGACGCCCGUGCCGUACGACUGGUCCCGUGAGCCCCGCCCCUUCACGGCGUGAUUGCUGUAGUGACUUAGACGGCGCCCGGAUCUCGCCGCAGAUGACCAUCGCUGGGCAUUGGCUGCUCAUCACUGACGCUCUACCGCAGGCUCCAUCUGCCCGCCGACCGUGUCCAUCCACCGAGCGGUAGCUGUGGACUAUUUUUUUAUGAUUCUGAUGAUGAUUAUUUUUAGACUUGGUGCCGUUUGCUCCUCCAAUGUACAGAUUCCUUCUCCACUCGAGGCUGCUCUGGGGUUGGCUUGGGAGGGUCGAGGGGCAUGGAGGGGGGGUCCAAGUUGCAAUAUAAGCAUGGCCAAUGGCUGGAUGCCAUGGCAGGGCCCAAGUGGACUGGCUGGCUGGCUGUGGCCAGCUUCUUUCGAAUGCUGUUACAUAUCUUUGUGACCAAGGCAAUACUGCUCCCAUUCCCUGACAUGCUGUACACAUGCCUCUUCUGUCAAGCAGUACUAGAAUUCCAAUAAAGAGA